AAAGUGUGUCCAGGACUAAAAUACGACAGCAAUGAUUCAAAAAUUCAUACACGUAACAUUAUUUUUUUUUCGUAAACGCCUACAUAACUACUGGGAAAAAUAUUUCUUGUUUUUUUAAGAACAGUGAACUCAUCACGGACCAGGCAGACUGGCUCGUGUCCAGUUUCAUAGCAAACUUUGUUUCAUAAUGUAAUAGCUUCCAUAUCGGUCAGUUUAAAUACUUUAGAAACUGAAAUGGGGAGUAGUUUAACCCAUAUGCAAAAUUUGGGGUCACUCCCACCGCUAGACCAAGGAUUUAUCUUAGCAUGGCUUUUUGUAUCAAUUCUACUAAUUAUUUAUCAACUCUUCUACAAAUUACCACCAAAAAAUUCUUACUUUUCUCAAAAAAUUCGCCAACCACCUAGCUUACCCUAUUCCCUCCCAUUUUUCGGGCAUGCUUUGUCCAUAGGGCGUCACGGGAUUGACUUUUUAUCAAAAUCUUACACCAAAUAUGGACCAAUCUUUCGACUAAAACUAUUCCGUUUUUCACUCCUCGUCAUCUGUGACACGAGUUUGGCCUCAGAAUAUUACAAAACCGAAGAAAGCGUCUUUUCCAUGUUUGAGUUCAUCCAAAGAAUCUCCGUUCUGGACACACUUCUCCCAAACACUGACUUGACCUGCUUUCCAAACCAGAUUAAGGCAACCUUAGCUUUUAAAAAGGACUACUUUCCUAGAAUUGAGGCGGAAGCGAAACUCCUUGUGGAACGGGUAAAAGAAGUAAUAAAAUCGGGACAUGAACCCGAUCUAGUUUUAGAAGCGAAUCGCUACGUCACACGACUUUCUGCCUUAUCAAUUGGUUCAUUGGAAUUGGGAGAGGAAGGUGUCGAAGCAUUUUCGAAAUUUGGCAAAUUAGUUGGGAACAUUGUUCUGGCAAGCUUUGUCUUUCCGAGGUGGAUAUUAAGACCAUUUUACACAAGGCGAUUGAAUUCGCAUAGAAGAAUUCUGGAAAACAUCGUUAUUCCGGAGAUUCUAAAGUAUCGGGCAGACGAGAGUAAAAAUCAGUCCGCAUUUUUCCGCGUGGCCGUCGACUAUCGCCGCGAAGAGUCCGGCCUGCCCUUAUCAAAUCACGAAAUUUCAAAUAUCUUUAUUGGAUUUUUAUUCGCCGCAUUUGGCAACACAUCGCUUGCCUUAAACAAUUCCAUAAUUGAUCUCGCAAUGAAUUCGAAAUACUGUGAAGAGCUUAAAAACGAAUUAAAUGAGUUGCCCAAAUCUACCGGAACUGAGGACCUUUACACGAUCAUAAGGAACAGUAAGUAUUUGAAAGCCUGCAUCCUAGAAACCGUGAGAACCUCGCCGCAGGCAUUUUCCACAGGGAGAUCACCAUACAAAAAGGGAGCCACUUUGGGCGGUUAUGAUGUUUCCGGUGUGGACGCAAUUGUCCUUUGUCCCCCACUUUUACAGUGUCAAGGGCCCGUUGCGGAGAAAGUCUUUGAAGCUCCAGGUUCUUAUAAUCCGACCCGUUUCCUGGACAAAAAAGAUCCACAAACGCCACCAUAUAUUAAUUCAUGGGGAGGAGGGCAUCAUCCUUGUGCAGGUCGUGUCAUGUCAUUGAUGGCGUUACAAACAGCACUUGCAUUAUUUGUCAAACAUAUUCAAGUUAAAGUCAGUGAAACAACCAAGGUUGUGGAAGAUGCACUUUCACCCAUGGCAUUUGUGGAGAAGAGAUUAAUUGGCGUAGAGUACAGUAUAUUGGAAGACGAUAGUUGAACUUAAUUCAUUUUACACUCUUCAUUUGUACAUAUGUAUACAAUGAAUAUUUAGCUCGUACAUGUGCAUGCAAAUGAAAUUCCGGCAGGAUGAGAGAAAAUGAAUUUACAAAAAUGCGAAUGUAUGUUUAUAUUUAUUUACUAAUACAUACAUACAUAGAUACGCAUAGCUAAAGUGCUAACCGGCAGAGUGAUUUUAGUGGUAAUACUGUAAACUGAGGAUGAGAGAGAAAGUAUUACAUAAAUAAGUACGUGAGCCUACUCUUAUUUUAUUUGCUGUAAAAUCUCGCGGUAAAAAGGUUUCCACCUGGCCCAUACAGUUCGCACCCAAUUCCAUUCAAAGCUUAUGGUAACUUAAAACUUUAGACAUAGGGUUUUGAAUGGAAUUGGGUGCGAACUGUGUGGGCCAGGUGGAAACUUUUUUACCGCGAGAUUUUAUAGCCAAAAAAACAGGAGUACAUGUGUAGCUGAAGUUUCUUGUAAUUUGGCAUGGCAGGUAUUAGGUUGCUCUUGUGUAGUCAACCAUUAUAUACUUAUCAAUAUAUGUAUGUUAGCUCAAUUUAAUGUAUUCAAUGACUAUUUAGGUUUUACUAUGUUAAUAAAUUUACAUGAAUUUAACCCGUGUAAAACUAAUCCUAAGAAUAUGGAUGAUUUAUGCAUGUAUGCUGUUGUAAAAUGGAUCAUCAUUUUCUACAUCUCAUUUUUAGUGAUGAUCCAGUUUGGACUUUUAUGAGUACAUAGGCCAAAACAAUAUGUUGUUUUAUUAUUUAAAAAAAUACAGUUUUGUUUGAAUUCAGUUGAUGAAUCUAUGUAUUGAUUGGCAUUUAUGAUGCAAACAGCUUUACCUUUAGGAAUUGAGUAUGAAUAAUGUCUAAAUGAAAUUGAACCUAAAAAAUUAUUGGGGAAUAAAAUUCAAUGCAAAAUUAGAAAUGUA